AGAUUGAGACAGUUUUCAAUUCGAAGCCCAGCAGCCCGGUGCUACAUAUCGUUUUUUUUAAGCAUUCGCAUUCGCCCCAAAAUAAAAUAACCACUAUCAAAAUGGCAUUCAAGCUUGUGUUCUGCAUCGCCGCCAUGGCCAUCGCCUGCGCUCAGGCCAAACCCGGCGGCCCAGCGGCCUAUUCGAUUAGUGCACCCAGCGUGGAUCACGCAUCGGUGGGCAACACACAGGAGCACACGGUGAAGGGACACUACGGUCAGUCCUCGCAAUCGGACUACGCCAGCCAGGUGCAGACAGCGCACUCGCAGUCGCAUGUGCAGCGCUCCAGCAUCAGCAACGAUGGUGGCCUGGCGCCCGCACAUGGUUAUGCCGUUGCACCACAAGCCGCUGGCUAUGCCAUUGGACACACUGCGCCCGCUGCCCAAAUCCAGCUGGCGAGCAGCAGCAGUGCCUAUGCCGCGCCCACAUUUAGCUAUGGCGGACAUUAUGCGGCAGCUGCCGCACCCACCUUGGCCUAUGGUGGCCACUAUGCUGCCACUGCCCCAGCUCUGCAGUUGUCGGGCGCUGCCUCGCAUGGCUUUGGCCUUGGCUAUGCCGGCUAUGCUGCUGCACCAGCUUUGUCCCAUGGCUACUUGGCUGCCGCUCCAGCUCCAGCUCCUGUUGUGAAGUAUGCCGCCGCCGCCGCUCCAGCUUAUGCUCCCAGCCUGAUUGGACAUGGCAUUGGACUCGCUGCACCAGCUGCUUAUGCUGCCCCAGCCUAUGCCGCACCCGCCUACACCACGCAUCUGGCCGCUGCCCCAGUGCUUAAGGCUGCCGUUGCUGCCCCCGCAUUGGUGCACACAUCUGUCUCUGGCCAUGGUAUCCACUAUGGCUACUAAGAUGAUGACGAUGACGAUGACGAUGACGAU